UUGCUCAGCGUGGGAUCUCUCUGAAUCAGACAGUCAGAUGACUUCCAUCACAGCCGCGAAAAGCGUUUGGAACAUUGCGUAACAGCGGCGCAGAAAGAGCCGAGCUGCGUUUUGGAGACGUUCAUCCCGAGCGCGUCUUCGGCUGCAUCCACCUGCCUGCGCGCAGGGAGCCCGUGGAGGGAUGUGGCGAUGUUGUGCACAAGGAGAACUAAAACUUUGGUGUCUACGUGCGUCAUCCUGAGCGGCAUGACCAACAUCGCGUGCCUGCUGUACGUCGGCUGGAUAACCAACUAUGUGGCCAACAGCGGAGGGAAAGUUGCAGAGAGCGGAGAGACGGACAGAAAGUUGGAGGAGGACGGGAAAGGUGAAACGCUGAGGAUUAUAGAGCGCUUGGAGCGGCUGGAGAGCGUCGUGAACGAGCACAUCAGAGAAACCCCUCUGAAGGAAGGUGAGGAAGCAGCAUCUUCAUCAGACUCUGCCUCUGAUCCCUCCUCCUCGCUGUUCAAUCACUGGGGACGUGACCUUGGCCCAGAGAGUCGACGGGUUGCCCUCAAAAAGUUCCGUUACUUUGGAUACAACGGCUACCUGAGCGACCGCAUUUCCCUCACCAGGCCCAUUCCUGAUUUACGACCAGACGGAUGCAGAAACAUGUCCUAUUCUUCAGACCUUCCUCAGCUCGGUGUGAUCUUCAUCUUCGUCAAUGAGGCCCUUUCAGUUUUAUUACGCUCUAUUCACACUGUCAUCCAGAGGACACCACCCUACCUUCUGAAGGAGAUCAUACUAGUGGAUGACAACAGUAACAGCUGUAAGAAUCCUACCUUUAAUCUACAGGCAGAACCAAUUCUACAGAGAAUAAAGGAGGACAGGACAAGAGUGGUUUCCCCUUCUUUUGACAACAUCAAGUACGACACAUUUGAAAUUGAGGAGUACCCUCUAUCUGCUCAGGGCUUCGACUGGGAGCUCUGGUGUCGGUAUCUCAACCCACCAAAAGCCUGGUGGAUGCUACGCAACCAAACAGCUCCCAUCAGAAGUCCUGCUCUGAUUGGGUGCUUUGUGGUCGACAGGAAAUACUUUGAGGAGAUCGGCCUGCUUGAUGAAGGCAUGGAAAUUUAUGGUGGAGAAAAUGUGGAGCUCGGCAUUAGGGUGUGGCAGUGCGGAGGCAGCGUGGAAGUCCUGCCUUGCUCCAGGAUCGCCCACAUUGAGCGUGCUCACAAACCAUACACGGAGAAUCUGACGGCCCACGUGCGACGCAACGCCCUGAGAGCGGCUGAGGUGUGGAUGGACAACUACAAGAGUCACGUUUACAUGGCCUGGAAUGUUCCACUUCAGAACUCCAGAAUAGACAUAGGGGACAUUUCUGAGAGGAAAGCCCUCCGGUCCCGACUGAAAUGCCAACCGUUCAGCUGGUUCCUCUCCAACAUCUACCCAGAGCUGCGAUCUUACAGUGACACUGUUGCUUAUGGAGUGUUAAAGAACAGCCUGAGAGAUGACCUGUGUUUAGACCAGGGACCCGACACUGAUAACAUUCCCAUCAUGUACCUCUGCCAUGGAAUGACACCACAGAAUGUGUACUUCACCAGCUCCCAGCAGAUCCACCUUGGCGUUCUCAGUCCCACCAUAGAUGACGAUGAUAACAAGUGUCUGGUGGACGUUAACAGCCGGCCUAGGCUGCUGGAGUGCAGCUACGCAGCCACAAAACACUUGAAGCUCACCUGGACGUUUGCACAGGGGGGAGCCAUCCAGAACAUCGAGUCUCAGCGUUGCCUGGAGCUGGUGGAGAGCAAGCGAUCAGAGCUCCCCCUCCAGCUGGCUAUUCAGGACUGUACUGGUCAGAAAUGGACCAUUACAAACGUUUUGACUGUCCUGCCGCAGUGAACUCAGUUUGGAUGAAGUUAUGAGGCACAUAAAAAAAAGCAUUUGAAUCCAAACAGUGGGGAAAUGUUCCAAAAACUGUAAACUUUGGACAUGUUGUUUCCCAGAAUGUGGACAAUAAAUUACGUGCUUCAAUUAUGCACGGAUCAUCAAUAACCUAAUAACCUUCCCCUACCAACAAAAUGAGCGAGGAGGCAGCCACAAACGGAGAAGAUGCAGUUAUAGCUUCCAAACCUGCAAUCAAAAUGACAUAUAUUGUUAGUUUUUUAACAGGAAAGGCACAUGAAACCAUGGAGGCAGACUGUUCAUCGCAGACGUGGGCUUGCUUUGUUAUUUGGGGUCUCUGUCUGCAGUUUGAUAUGGUGCCUGAACCCCCAUCUGUCUCAUUGCACAAUCAUCGAAACAAAAUAUAUGGGCGUAAUUAUAAGUGUGUAUAUUUUGGGGGCUUGAACACACUGCAGAAAACCUGUUACAAUGAAAAGCAGCUGACAUUUUUUCACAAAUUAUUCAUGGAAGGCAGUAAUAAGUUGUAAAAAUCUGCAUCGCAGGAUGCUUUGAAAUUAUAGUAUCACAAAAAGCAG